AUGGAUGCAAAGCCUCAGCGAAUUCGCGUCCGUGGGGAUGAGAAUGCUGCCUUUUCUCUCACUAGCAAAACGGUUCAUCAGAAAAACAAAUCAACUCCCGCCCUGUCCACGAUGUUCCAGAAUGGUGUGACGAAGAAUGGACCAAGAAGAGCUGCUUUUGGAGACGUCAGCAAUACCACGAAAACCGUCCAAGGCAUUCGGGAUGAUAUCUCUGUUGCAGCCAAGAAACAGACCAAGCCAUUGGAGAAGUCUUCCGUGCAGGUCACGGAAAGGAAAUCUUCUGUCUUGGCCCAGCCUGCCCAGCGCCCAGUAUCGGUGGCGGGAGUUAAGGGCCUAUUAAGCAAUGUGACGAAUUCCAAAGCCCUGGAGCCCGUCGGAAGGUCGAUCAGCGUGCCGCAGCAUACCGCCAACGCCCGCAAGGCCUUGAACAAGCGAGGAACGGUCUUUAAGGACCACGUGGAACCAUUGACGGAAAAACGCGAACUUACAUCCAAGGAAACAACUCAAACUAAGGAAGGGAUUACUGGGGGCCAAAUCGCGCAUUCGUCUACGGCGCCUUCGCAGCUCAACAGCUUGACGGAAAAGGACGUGGUCAACGAAGGAUCAAAUGAUGAGUCGGAGAAUCAUGGUGAACAGUCCAUUGUCAACUCUGAAGUUGAUGGAGAGGAGAAGGACGCACCCAAGCUCGACGAGGAUAUUUGUAAGGUUCAGGGUAUCAAGGAACUCAAGGAAGCCUCUGAACCCUGUACGGCACCCGAGGCCGACAGCGCAAACCGAGUUGUGAAGCCACAACGUGUAUCUGCUCCUGGCACACACCUGCCUCAUGAACAUGUGCCCGCUCACUCGGAGCCGGAAGAGUCCUGGGAUGACGAGGACGAUGAAAAUGAAGAGGAGGAUGAGUAUAUCACUGCUCGCUCCUAUCGAUCCCGUGGCGAAAACACGACUGGCGCGACUACUACAUUACUCUUCCCGAAAUAUACGCAGCAAGUGAGACGGGAAUUGGAAUUGGCGAAGCAAAUCGUCGAGGCAACACGGACAGUGGAAGAUAUUGAAGAUGAAUACUGGGAUACGAGCAUGGUCGCAGAGUAUAGUGAAGAUAUAUUCGAGUAUAUGCGAGAACAGGAGAUCAAAAUGCUGCCAAAUGCGCACUAUAUGGACAACCAAGCGGAAAUCCAAUGGUCAAUGCGGUCUGUUCUGAUGGAAUGGCUUGUGCAGGUCCACCAUCGGUUCUCCCUGCUUCCUGAGACCCUUUUCCUGUGUGUCAACUAUAUCGACCGCUUCCUGUCCUGCAAGAUAGUCUCCCUGGGCAAACUGCAACUUGUCGGUGCCACCGCCAUCUUCAUUGCUGCCAAGUAUGAAGAAAUAAACUGUCCUUCCGUGCAGGAGAUUGUUUAUAUGGUAGACGGAGGCUACACAGCCGAUGAGAUCCUCAAAGCGGAGCGUUUCAUGCUCACUAUGCUGCAGUUCGAACUUGGAUGGCCUGGGCCCAUGAGCUUCCUGCGGAAGAUCAGCAAAGCUGACGACUACGACCUGGAGACCCGGACAUUGGCGAAGUACUUCUUGGAGAUAACCAUCAUGGAUGAACGCUUCGUUGGAUGCCCACCAAGCUUUACAGCUGCUGGCGCUCAUUGUCUCGCAAGGAUGAUGCUGAGAAAAGGAAACUGGACGCCUGCCCAUGUCCAUUACGCGGGAUACACCUAUUCACAGCUUUACCCACUGAUUUCUCUGAUGAUGGAAUGCUGCGAGAUCCCUCGCAAGCACCAUGCGGCCAUUUACGAAAAAUACACUGACAAACGGUUCAAGCGUGCUUCGCUUUUCGUCGAAGCUGAAAUGAGGAAAGGGUUCAAUCUGCCCGAGAUUACUAGGGAAAAGAGCCUUGGUAACCCGCCGUCUCUUGACGUUGGCCAUCAAUGGAAGCGCGCAUAA